UGCACAAUCUUUCAAAAACCACACUUGCUACGAAUGCACUCACACCUUUCGACCACCGCAUUCUUCCGAUAACAUGGUGGGAGCACGUCACGCUCAAGCCUUCCACGCCGACGUGGAUGAGCAAGGAAGGCGACUCUCCGCCCGCGAGCGUGAACGACUCCUCAAACCCUACCUCCCACCGACCCCCAAACCCGAAACCUCCCACUCCUCAGCAGCCCACAAAUCGCCGCUUUUCCAGCACAAAAAGCGAGUACGGCCGGCGAUCCGCCAUGCCAUCCACAGCCUCAUCUUCACCAUCAUCCACGUCUUCUUCAGCGUCUACAUCCGGCUCCGCGAAGCCUACCAUGCCGUGGUCAACCAGAUCUUCACCGUGCUCUACUACCACCACCGCACCCCCGAGCUCAUCAAGAAGGACAUGAAGAAUUUGAGCAAAGUGCCCAAGCACCUGAGCGUGAUACUACAACAGUCGCCGGCGGGCGGGGACAAGGACAGUCUUGAGACGCUGAUGAACGAUGCGUGCGAGAUUGCGGCGUGGACGGCGAGCGCGGGCAUUCCGGUGCUCUCGAUCUACGAACGCACGGGGAUUCUUAAACACUCGCUGCCGCAUUUACACCGCCGGAUCUCGCGGACGAUGACAUCUUAUUACGGCGAGGCGGCGGCAUCGAAGCCCACGAUAUCCCUCCGAGCUCCGCACCUGCCCUCCUACAGUCCACCUACAUCUCCCGAGCCCCCGACAAAUGGCGAUGAUGCGGAUGGCCACGUCCAUCACCCACACCUCGCCAUCAUGCUCAUAGACGAGAGCGACGGGCGGCAGACGCUCGUUGACCUCACCAAAACGCUGGCGGAGAUGGCGCAGCAUGGCAAGCUGUCACCGGAGGACAUUAGCAGCGAGCUCAUCGAUGCUGAGAUUAGCGAGUCAGUGAUGAUGGAGCCGGACCUCAUCAUCUUGUUUGGGGACCAGAUUGUGCUGGACGGGUAUCCGCCGUGGCAGGCGCGGCUGUCGGAGAUGUUCUAUGUGCAGGAUCAUGUGGGCGGGGUGGGAUAUCAUGUGUUCUUGCGCGCGCUGUAUAAGUAUGGACAGGCGCAGUUUCGAGUGGGAACGUGAGGAGCAUUGUCCUAAGCGACACAGGCACACGGAGCGAAGCACUUGAUCAUGACUAAUCCCAGUCAAACCUUAGAUAUGCCUAAUAAAGCGAUCAAUGAGACACGAGCAAGCAUGCCCUUGUGUCUUACCCGCG